UUACCUUCUCAAUUAACAGUUUUCUUUGUUUUUAGUGCCACCAUGGCAACUGCACCAUACAACUACUCUUACAUCUUUAAAUAUAUUAUUAUUGGGGACAUGGGAGUAGGAAAAUCUUGCUUGCUUCAUCAAUUUACAGAAAAAAAAUUUAUGGCUGAUUGUCCUCACACAAUUGGUGUUGAAUUUGGUACAAGAAUAAUUGAAGUUAGUGGCCAAAAAAUCAAACUGCAGAUUUGGGAUACAGCAGGACAGGAGCGAUUUAGAGCUGUUACACGAAGCUACUACAGAGGAGCUGCGGGAGCACUUAUGGUGUAUGAUAUCACUAGAAGAAGUACAUAUAACCACUUAAGCAGCUGGUUGACAGAUGCAAGGAAUCUCACGAAUCCAAAUACUGUAAUAAUUCUCAUAGGAAAUAAAGCAGAUUUGGAGGCACAGAGAGAUGUUACAUAUGAAGAAGCCAAACAGUUUGCUGAAGAAAACGGCUUAUUGUUCCUUGAAGCAAGUGCAAAAACGGGAGAGAACGUAGAAGAUGCUUUCCUGGAAGCUGCCAAGAAAAUCUAUCAGAAUAUUCAGGACGGAAGCCUGGAUCUGAAUGCUGCUGAGUCUGGUGUACAACACAAACCCUCAGCCCCGCAGGGAGGCCGGCUAACCAGUGAACCCCAACCCCAGAGAGAAGGCUGUGGCUGCUAGUGACCUCUUUGCGUGGCCCUUCAUUUGACCUUUCACCUCUGUCUGUUGGAGGCAGUACUUUUUACUGCCUUGUUGUCUUCUGUACAUCUUACUGGGUUUAAUUAAAAAAAAAAAACAUAAAAAACAAAACUCUGUUGUAAAAAACAGUUUAACACAAUACUAAACUGCUAAACAACUAGAUGUAAUCAGGUUAUCAAAGGCAAGUAGAGUAACAAAUCUCUCCUGCAUGGUAAAUCUAGACUUUUUUUCCCCCCUUGAUUGUCCUUGUGAUAGGUAUGUCACCAAUAUAUGAUUUAAACUGAGCACUGAUGCUGGACUCCAUGAUUUCUAUCCUCCCUUCUCGGCAAGGCUUUGUCUCACUGUACGGUUUAAUUUGGUGAUAUCUUAAGCCUUUCUCCCCAUCUUUAACUGUUCAAGUAUGUCUGUUGUAACCAAUAAGUUUAUUGCUGUGAAAUGACUUCUGAUGGUAGACAAGGGGUUCUAUAACUGCUUUUCAUUUUUUGUUGUUGUUGGAUAAGUUCCCUGUUGUGUGGGUGGCAACUUUCUUGAUGAGGUUCGCGUCUGUCUUAGCCUUGCACAGGGAAAAUAUCCUUUUCUCUUUUCUCUUGUGCUUAAUAGCUUUAUUUUAUUUUUUUUUAUAUACCAUUUUAUCCUUUUCUCUUUAACAGAAAGUAAAUAUGUAUAAAAUUUGAAGGAACCGAACUAACAAUACAUCCUGUGUAUAUUAUUUUAAUGAAGAAAAUAAAUUGAUUACUGGCAUUGGAACAGUAUAAAAUACCAGUUUGUACAGUAUGACCUAUAUGUGACCAUGUUACUCCCUUCCAUUUCACACAAGAAAAUAGACACAACUGCAGUUCACAGUUAAUACCGGCUCCACCCCUGGUGCUGGCAGUGUUUGGGGACAUUGUGCGGGAAAGAGCUCCUAGCAGCAGAGGAUGAACACUAGCAGAUUCUGUUCCAUCUUGGCACUGUGGCUUACCUGCUGAUUUUCUUAACUGUUCUUGUGCAAUCAACAAUGUGCUAACCUGCUUUUCUCUUUUUGUAAACGUUUUGCAUUACAGGCUGCAUUCUUGCCUUACUGUAUAGAAAAAGAAAAAAGGCUGGGUUUAUUAUUGCACAUUUUAAGCUUUUAUACCUUUAUCUUCUUGCAAUGGUCAGAUUCUGAACCAAACAGCCAGAACCGCAGGUCUGCUGUUAAGGGAUUUUAAAUUGUGCAUUUUUAACACUACAGUGAAAUAAUUUAUCAUUUGUGUUUAUAGUAUGAGGGGCUAUUUUAUGUCAUGUUGGCAUAUGCUGUUUUGUAAAAGGGAAAGUUGUUUCUAUUGGUAUUUCAGUGUGUGUGUGCUGACACAAAGUAAGUUACUACUUUGCACUAGGUGGUUUGGCCACUGAAAAAAUACUGUAUCGCAAGAAAGUCUCCUUUAUACAACAAACAUGUUUUACUAAGUUCUUCACUUCUGUUGAUUGAUUUCUAAUUGAGUUUAUAGUUCAGUGGCUGGGAAUGGAGAAAUAAUUUGAAGUAGGAUAGGUAAACUUGAGCACAUUAUGUAAAAUGCACUCGCUCAACUGCUGUGUUUAAAAUACACAUUUGAAAUCCCUCUUUACAGACACUAACGUGAAAGUACAUCUUUCUGGGUUGUAAACGUGGUAGUACCGGAGUAUUGUAUAGUCAUUGUUAAAUAAAAGCCAAAACUGGAAUGUGCAGAAAAUAGGAUUUGGUUAAUUUGUGGACUCAUCUUUAUUUUCGUCUUUGUUUAAC